UAAUAUGUACAUAUAAAGGGCACUGCCUCUCACUAGCUAGUACCCAGACAUUAGGUUAAGGAAGAAAUCUGAAGGGGUUGAGAGCUAGGUUAUUGCCAUGACUGAGUUUUCUAAGUACAUGAGUUUGUCUUUAAUGUUUCUGCUUGUUUCAUGCACAAUUAUUUCUUCUGGAGAAGCUAGGAUUCGUCGUUAUAAAUGGGAAGCCAAGUAUGAGUACAAAUCACCGGAUUGCUAUAAGAAGCUGGUCAUUACUAUCAAUGGAAGGAGUCCAGGGCCAACGAUAAGGGCGACGCAAGGCGAUACAGUUAUUGUGGAGCUUAAAAACAAUUUGUUAACUGAAAAUCUUGCUAUCCAUUGGCAUAGAAUCAGACAGAUUGGAACACCUUGGUUUGACGGAUCAGAAGGGGUGACUCAGUGUCCGAUUUUGCCAGGUGACACUUUCACGUAUGAGUUUGUGGUGGACAGGGCUGGAACAUAUCUGUAUCAUGCACAUUAUGGUAUGCAAAGAGAUGCUGGACUCUACGGAUCAAUUCGUGUAGCUCUUCCAGAUGGAAAGUCCGAGCCCUUCUCAUAUGAUUAUGAUCGGAGCAUCAUUCUGACUGACUGGUACCACAAGAGCUCUUAUGAACAAGCCACUGGCCUUUCCUCAAUUCCGUUUGUAUGGGUUGGGGAACCUCAGUCACUACUGAUUCAAGGGAAAGGAAGGUUCAAUUGCAGUUUACCAAGCGUCGGGGCUGGUUUGUGUAAUGCCACUAGUCCUGAGUGUUCACCCUAUGUACUAACAGUAGUUUCAGGAAAAACAUAUAGGCUGAGGAUUGGGAGCUUGACUUCUCUAUCAGCUUUAAGUUUCGAAAUAGAGGGCCAUAAUAUGACUGUUGUUGAAGCUGAUGGCCACUUUGUAGAGCCAUUUGUGGUAACAAGACUGUUUAUCUACUCUGGCGAAACCUACUCUGUCUUGGUUACAGCGAAUCAAGAUCCUUCAAGAAACUACUGGUCGACUUCAAAAGUAGUUAGCAGAAAUAGCACCACUCCAAAUGGCUUAGCCAUUUUCAACUAUUAUCCGAACCACCCAAAAAAAUUACCUCCAACGAUUCCACCUAGAGGUCCCAUUUGGAACGAUGUAGGUCCAAGACUGAAUCAGAGUUUAGCACUGAAAUCUCAUCGUAAUUUUAUCCAGCCUCCACCUAAGACAUCAAACAGAGUUAUUGUCUUACUCAACACUCAGAACAGAGUUAAUGGGAAUGUACGUUGGUCCGUGAAUAAUGUCUCGUACAAUCAUCCUCACACACCAUACCUGAUCUCACUCAAGGAAAAUUUACAAAAUUCGUUCGAUCAAACACCACCACCAGAAGGUUAUGAUGAUUCAAACUAUGAUAUUUACAGUGUGGCCCCUAAUGUGAAUGGUACCACUAGCAACUCAAUUUAUAGACUGCAGUUCAACAGCACAGUGGACAUUAUACUUCAGAAUGCAAACUCGAUGAACAAUAAUACUAGCGAGACACACCCGUGGCAUCUGCAUGGUCAUGAUUUUUGGGUGCUCGGACAUGGUAAAGGCAAGUUUAACAGGUCUACUGAUCCAAAAAAUUACGAUCUGAUAAGUCCAAUAAUGAAAAAUACAGUGCCUGUCCAUCCUUAUGGCUGGACAGCUUUGAGGUUUCGCGCUGAUAAUCCGGGUGCCUGGGCUUUCCAUUGCCAUAUAGAGUCACAUUUCUUCAUGGGAAUGGGAGUUGUGUUUGAACAAGGAAUUGAUAGAGUGGGAAAAUUGCCCUCUUCUAUUUAUGGUUGUGGUGAUACCAAAGGCCUCCUUAGACCAUAAGACUUGGGAAUUUACAUGCCAAACUUAGCUGCAUUCUUUAAUUACAUUCUACAUUGUGCCACAAAUCUUUCAAACAUUGUGUUAUGUGUAUUUUACUACUCCCUCUGUCCCAUUUUAUGGCUAUUUUCCUUUUUCAA